AUGUCCAUCCCUAACCACGUUCUGGAGCAGUAUGAACGAAAAUUAAACAGUCUCAGUGGAAGUGGAGAUCGGGGACGACCGGCUGGAAAACUGCGAACGAAAAGGUAUCGAUGCAUUGAGGAAUAUUUGGACGAAGAUGGUAAUGUCAUCGAAGAAGGAAAAGAGCAUUUCACCACCGUAGCGCCCAUUACGAGCCCAACGUCGGAAAGACCUCUCACUGACUCACCUCAAUCUCUAGGUAGCAAAGGCAAGUCACUUGAUUCGACAAAGAAGCCAAAGAACGAAUAUAAAGUAGGCGUUGACCAAAUCAAAGAGGAACAACUGAAACGAACCAAGACACCGGUUCUGAAGCCCUGGAAAGGGGUUAGAGUGAUGAUAAAGAAAAAACUCAAAAUGAAGAAGAAGAAGAGCAGACUCUCUAACUCCAAUGAGGACGAUUCGGGAAUGCUUGACGAUGACGAAUAUCAGGAUUUCGGUGAAUACGUCUCUUUUUACCCUGUGAAGAUGGGCCCUCGAGCACGUCCAUUUCUUGACGUCCCUGUAAGAAGAUAUGCUACGAGACGCGCCUUCGGUAGACCAAUGGUGGACCCAUCUUCGUUAGGACUCAGCACCGACAGACGCCUGAAUAUGCUACCGGCGAAGCAAAUUCCGCGUGAUAUGCAUAGACUGCGUUCCCUUCCUAUGGCACCAUCGCCACAGAUGCCAUCGCCAUUGACGCCAUCGCCACUGACGCCACCACUGCCAGCACCACUGCCCCCGCCACCGACUGCAACGCAGCCGACACCAUCGACACAAUCUUCACUGCAGAAUGACGUUCCCUUAGAAGAUUCGACACCUCAAUCGUGCUCCAAAAUGUAUCGACUUGCUUCAACUUUUGGUAUUAGCGACAUUACUAUCUAUGCUCGGAAGAACUGCCGUUUCUUACAGAUGUUUGCUCCAGGAUUCACUUGCGAACAGAUUUCACAUUUCGUCGAUUCAUGUCGCAAAUAUAACGUUGUAUCAUAG